AUGCGCUCGAGUGACGAGGAAGAGCGUGUCGGCUCUCCUCCUGCUCAACCAGCCCCAGAAACCGGUCCCUUCGUUCUACGAUCUUUGCUCGAAGAUGUACCCCUCUCUGCUGAUGGAGAUGGGCACGACAUUCAGAUAACCUGCGUGGAGUUCUUGGACCAAAACCUCUACGUAGGUACGUCCGCGUCGGAGCUGCUUCAUUUUGUCCAAAUACCCCCCGACCCGGAUGAUGAAGCAGCACAGCCAUCGUACAUUCUGGCCUCUAGGCUACUGCCUGCCUACCAUGAACCAUCCAGUUCUACCAGACCCGGCAUACAACAAAUCCUGCUGUUACCACAAGUCAACAAGGCCUGUAUAUUAUGCAACUCCACCGUGACUUUCUACUCCCUGCCGGAACUCAGUCCAGUGUUUGGAACGCAGCAAAUUCGGCCAUGUAAUUGGAUUGGUGGAAUUGAUUUGAACACUGAUCUCACGUCUCGUGCCCGUCGAGAUGGCGCAUCUUUCGUCACAGUUCUGGUGUCACUCAAUAAGAAAAUGAGAGUGAUCAAAAUUGGCGAGGAAGAUGCGCGUCCUCACAAGAUCAUCGAUUUCGCAGGAAGCACAAUAUCGGUCAGAAGGGAAUCUUUUGCAUGUGUUGCCAACACACGCUCCUACGCACUUCUGGAUGUUGAGAGAUUGCUCAAGAUACCUUUGUUUCCCAUCUCCUCACUGGAUGAUUCGCAAGGUGGGGGUGGUCGAGUAGAAGACAUAUCUGGCAGUGGAACUGGCGGGAUCUCCAGAAGUACCUCGUCAGCCCAGGGACAGUAUUCAGGACUAGACGAUAGGGGCCAUGGUCGUAGUACCAGUCUAGGCGCGUUUAUAAGUGGUGGUUCACGUCGACAUAGUUAUGCUAGAAGUACAGAUCAAACGGGGCGAGAAACGCCGGACAGGCUCUUCCGAGAAUCAUCACCUGCCCCAGCUGUAGCUUCAAUUACACAACCAUCGCGCGAACCAAGUCCGGCAACCAACAAAGCCCUUCCUCCACCACCCGAUGAAUCUUCCGUUGAUUCAUCUGCUUCAAUCGCAGCAGCUCCUCGUGCACAAACGCCGGUACCACCCCCUGUAUACCUCAAGCCACAUAUUACCUCGCCUACACCACAGGAGUUUCUCUUAGUAACCGGAACAGGCAAGGAGGAUCCGGGGGUUGGUAUGUUCGUCAGUCUUGAGGGAGAAGUUACGCGGCCGACCUUAGAAUUUGGCAUAUAUCCUGAGGAAAUUGUAGUUGUUGGCCGUGGAGUUGGCGUUGAGCCAACUGCUACAAGUAUGGACCAAGAUGAAGAGGGCUUCGUACUGGCGUCUAUGGGAAGGACGAUCGGCGACGAGGUGCGUCACGGCCUUGAAAUCCAGAGGUGGGAUAUGAACCCUGGCGAAAGUGCCAUGGAGAAAUUCUGGCUGGAGCCACCGGAAUGGGCGAGAGGCCCCAAACCUAUUGGUAUCCGUUCUAUAAUUGGCACGAAUAAGGUAGCAUUCCCUGAGGUCACAGAGAGGCUUCGCUUGAAGCGCUUUCAGCCUUUUGCGACGCGCUCGAUCGAUGCAUCAACGCUUUCCCUUAAGAAUCUGGAUUCGCGGACUGCGAGCUCGUUGGAGCGUGUAUCCGGCGAAAGAGAGCUCUUUGAGAACACCGACUCUCUGUCCAAAGAGUGGGAGAACCAGCGAAACGUAGAGGAGCAGAAAUUUGCACAAAGACUUGGUGAAGCACAGACAGGCGUAGUGGUUUGGUCUGGAAAAACUGUAUGGUGGGUGGCUCGGAAUCCUUUGGCUUUGCAGCUUGAUGCAGUUAUCACCUCGACAAUGAAAAGUGAAGGGUUGGCUCCAACAGCGUACGGCUCAGUCGAUAGGCAAAAAUUGAUCGAGCUGCUAAAUUCUCUCCGUGGCCGAGAGGCAAAGACGGAGACAGAAUUCGUCAGUCUUGGAUACCUUAAACAACGAGUGGGUUUGAUCAUUUUAAUGAGUAUCCUCAACUCCGAGCCUGAGGACUGCUCUAUAUCUGAUUAUAACGUGUGCGAAGAAGCUUUGCUCGAUGGCUCGCUUGAUCCACGUGUAGUAUUAUCAGUUGUUCCAUACCUUAGACAUGAGAUUAUCGAGGGCAGCACCGGCAUAUGGGUUCAUGGUGGUGUGAGAGAUGAUGCUUACAGAUUUAUUGGCAGCAUGCGACCUGACUCCGCUGGUUCCGAGUCGAUCAACGAAUCCAGGCUAUCAGCAGAUGUUCUUCGGUUUUUGAAAAGAUUUCUAUCUGCUUGGCGGAAAAAGAAAGGCUUUGGCAGUAUAGGAAAUGAGCAAGAAAUAUUUCGCAGCAUUGAUGCAUCUCUCUUGUUCGUUCUAUUACAACUCGACAAAUCAUCUCCACCUGGCCAUGCAAGGGGGAAAUCGGCUCGCGCCGACCUAUACGACUUGGUGGACCACGGCGUUGACUGCUUCGAAAGAGCGGUCUCUAUCCUAGAAUCCCACAAUCGCCUGUAUGUACUGAGUCGUCUAUAUCAGAGCCGCAAGAUGGCCGGUGACGUUUUACGAACUUGGAGGCGCAUCGUCGAGAGCGGUGCUGAUGAGACCGGAGAGUUUCGAGAUGGUGAACAACGAGUGAGAGAGUAUUUGACCAAGAUUCGGAACGGAGCAGUCGUGAAAGAGUACGGCGUCUGGCUGGCCGCCCGUAAUCCUAGACUUGGUGUCCAGGUUUUUGCCGAGGAUCGUAGUCAAGUCAAAUUUGAGCCCAGCCAAGUCGUUCAAAUUCUCCGAGAAGGUGCUCCGGGAUCUGUAAAGGAGUACCUGGAGUACCUAGUAUUUACAAAGAAUCAUGCGGAAUACAUCAACGAGUUGAUCGCAUACUAUUUGGAUAUUGUAACCACCAAACUUGAAGAGUCGCCUGAAGCUAGAAGCUCGUUGGCUAUGACCUACGAGUCUUACCGAGCUCUUCGUCCCCCGAAACCUACAUACCGACAAUUCAUCACUGAUAACACUAUCGACGAAGAAUGGUGGCACAGUCGGCUUCGGCUUCUACAACUUCUUGGUGGAAGCCAAGGUUCCGCAUCUCGGUACGAUGUGGCCUCUAUACUUGAGCGAAUAGCACCAUAUACGAAUGAGCUUGUGCCAGAGGUGAUCAUACUUGAUGGACGCCAGUCGCGUCACGAAGAAGCACUUCGUUUGUUGACUCAUGGUCUAGGUGAUUACGAUACAGCGAUAAAUUACUGCCUUUUAGGCGGAUCAAGUAUUUACCACCCCAUUUCUGGAACUAUGGCAAGAGAGAAAUUACCUUCACGUGAAGAACAAGCUAAAUUAUUCGAUCAUCUACUUUCAGAAUUCCUCCGAAUUGAGGAUAUCAGCAACAGGGUAGAGCAGACGAGCAGUCUGCUUGAGAGAUUUGGUGGCUGGUUCGAAGUUGGGCAUGUCCUGAGUCUGAUACCGGAAACGUGGUCCGUGGAGCUGGUGUCUGGAUUUCUUGUAAGUGCGCUACGGCGUAUUGUGAGAGAGCGACAUGAGACUAUGGUAGCUAAGGCCUUGAGUGGUGCUGAGAACCUGCAGGUUACUGCUAGUCUCAUUGGGGAAAUCGACAAAGCCGGGCCUUCAGUUGAGACCUAA